GAAAAACAGCAGGGCUAAAAGAUAUACUGGGAGGCCACUGACCUGCCCACCACCAACUGCCCCAAAUCAAAAUUUGAAAAAGAGGAGAGCAAGAGACAUGUGUACGUCGUUUUAUUUAAGUCAGCUCAUAUGCAUGCGUUAUCCGGAGAGAGGCUUUUGGAACAAGCCAAGGGCAGACUCAGGCUCCCGGAUAGCGCUAGGUCGGAGGCGUCAUAAACACCCCACUUGUUUACUAUCUGAUAUCAGGGCCCAGGAGCGCUACAGAGAUGAGUUUAGUUCCCCCCUCCCGCCAUGAAAAUGGGGUGCAUGACUUGGGGAAGGAGGGAUCUGGUGACUAGUCCAAAAUCCUGGUCAAGAUCGCGCCCCCAGAGUCCUGAGUCCCAGCCCUAGGUGUUGGGGCGUGUGUCUCCGGGCCCAUCAAUAUACAUUACAUAUUUAUAUAAAUUCUCAAUUCAGAGGUCGACCUGAGAGCAGCACAGCGCCUACGAAACCAAACUGGGAGGGGUCGCUGGGAAACCCUGGCUCUUCAUUGGCUGCGGUAGCUCGCCGAGGUGCGGGGGGAUCUCUAACCCUAUUCAGCAUGUUUUGUACAAGAAAUGUCAGCCAGAAAGGGCUAUCUGCUCCCUUCGCCAAAUUAUCCCACAGCAAUGUCAUGCUCCGAGAGCCCGGCCGCGAACUCUUUUUUGGUGGAUUCGCUGAUCAGCUCGGGCAGAGGGGAAGGAGGUGGAGGUGGAGGCGGCGGCGGCGGCGGCGGAGGAGGAGGAGGAGGAGGAGGCGGCGGCGGCGGCUAUUACCCUCACUACCUGCCACAGGCGUCCGAGUUGUCCUACGGUCUGCAAAGCUGCGGGCUUUUCCCGGUCCUGAGCAAACGCAAUGAAGGAGGAGGAUCGCCGGGGGGCAUGGUGCCCUCGUCGCACCCUUACAUGUCAGGCAUGGAGGUCUGGCUAGACGGCCCCAGGUCGUGCCGAAUGGAGCAGCCGGAUGGUCCGCCGCCCCCGAAUCACCAGCCGCAGCCCCAGCAGCCGCAGCCCCAGCAGAACCAGCAGCAACAGUCCCAGAACCAGCAACAGCCCCAGAAUCACCACCACCACCAGCAGCAGCCGCCACAGCAACCGCAGCAGCAAGCGACCUCUUGCUCCUUCGCUCAGAACAUCAAAGAGGAAAACUCUUAUUGUCUCUAUGAUUCCGACAAAUGCCCCAAAAGUUCAACGGCCCCAGAGCUAGUCUCCUUCCCCCAGCGGGGCCCUCCCGAGGUCUGCGCCCUCAACAGCGGCGGCGGCGGCGGGGGCGGGGGCGGCGGCGGCGGCGUGCCGGUCCCGGGCUAUUUCCGCCUGUCUCAAGCCUAUGGCACCGGCAGCUCCAAGAGCUAUAGCGCGGCGGCAGCGGUGGCGGCCGCAGCAGCAUCGGGGUCUCAGCUGGGCGCCUCCCCGUUCCCCCAGCAGCCCCAAGUUCGCUUCGACUCGCCGCCCGCUCUCGCUUCCGCCUCGGCUGAGACGGGUAGGAAGGAGAGCUCCCUUGAAUCGCCUCCGCCCACGGCCUUAGCUUGUGGAUCCCAGGCUGCGGAGGAAGAGACACAAGCGUCGUCCUCCGCCGCCGAGGAACUGUCCCCCGCUCCCUCGGAGAGCAGCAAGCCCUCUCCGGAGAAAGACCCCAUAGGCAGCGCCAAAGGUGAGAACGCAGCUAACUGGCUCACUGCAAAGAGCGGCCGGAAGAAGCGAUGCCCCUACACUAAGCACCAGACUUUGGAGCUGGAGAAGGAAUUUCUUUUCAACAUGUACCUAACUCGAGAGCGGCGCCUAGAGAUCAGCCGCAGCGUCCAUCUCACAGACAGACAGGUUAAGAUCUGGUUUCAGAACCGACGGAUGAAACUGAAGAAAAUGAACCGAGAAAACAGAAUCCGAGAGCUCACAGCCAACUUUAACUUUUCUUGAUGAACCUCCAAACGACCACCACGUUUUGACAGUGAAAAGAGCCAGUAACCCUUCUUCCUAGGCGCUAGAGAUUCGCACCUGUAUCACCCGGAGUCACGAGUUGUUGUUGUUUUUUUCCCCACCCCUUUCUCCAUUCUCCAUCUAUCCAUAGCAGCUUUGCCAGGCGGGAUUGGGUGGGGAGUGUGUGGUUGGUUUGUCUUGCUUUCUAGGGGUGAAUGGGGAGGGGGAGCCAUGCCUCCAAGCAAACAAACAAACAAACAAAUAAAACGGGCAGUCACAUCAAGCGACGUCUUGGGCCGAGCUUGCUCGCCUCCCUCGUUCCCCACUCCUUUCAUGAGCCAAGUGUUGUCUCUCAGAGGGCCGUGCGUGUCUAGCCAGGCUCCGAGUCCAGGCGAUUCUGGCGACAUUGUAAGCGCUAAGGUGUCUAUGGGGAGGUGACGGGUGAGUAGUCGAGGCUUUCCAUUUUGGACGCGUUCAGGUCAGAGCUGCGGUGGGGGUGUGUGUGAGAGAGAUACUGUUUCUUUGCCUUGCAGUUCCUAGUUUCUUUCCUUUUGAAGGGGAAGGCCUUCACCACCUCGAACACGCAGGGUGAAAACAAGGACGUGACAUUGUCUUACGGGGGAGAGGAGGGAAAGCUGGAGAGAGGGAAAAAGAAGGAGAGAAAGACAGUUCUCUCUUUUCUCUGCAAACUGUCACAGCUUUAAAAAUUGAGCAGGAAAGGGAGACCUCUCUUGGUCCCAUACAAGGUCUUGUGCUGCUCAGGUAUUAAAUGUUCACACUUACCUCUAACUCCAGCUAUCUUCCCUGUUGUAGAUACUGACCUAAUGUAGUUUUGCUUAUUAUAUUAUGUGGAAUUAGUGGAUUUUUGUCUCUAAGUAAUGUUACCACUGGUAGCACGUGACAAGCACACACAAUUCUCCCUGCCUUAUGGGGAGGGGGGAGUAAAUUUCGCUUUUAUUUUGCUCACUGAAAUUCAUGGGACCCUUCAGAGGACUCUAGCAGACGAGGUAGAAGAGAGAAAGGGAGACAUUGUUCGGAUUUCCUUUAUACUGUGAAGUUACAUGCAUAAAAGGGUCAAACCUGUAGGUGCAGAAACAAAGAGAAGUCUAAAUACAAAUCUGUAUAAAUGUCUAUUAUUAAAGAAUUGCCAAUACUGUUUUAAGCAAAUGCAUUCUAUCGUUAUUAUAAAUGUUAGUCCUAGCUCUAUUUACUUCUUACCUUAAAUCAGAAUAAAUUAAUAUUGUAAUGCUGCUGUGCGUGGAAAAAAAAAGACAAUGUUUAUGUUCUUAUAUAGAAGAAUAAAAGCCGUGGAAUGAAGCCUUUUAAUUUUA